AUGGCAAUGCUCAAGAUGAAGGAAGCCAAGAUUGUUGAACUUGAGGCCGGUUUAGAUACUAGCAAGUCUAUAAAGGAAGAUUCAGAGAGAACUAAAGGGUUGCAACAAGAAAAAUGUAGGGAGAUGGAGACUGACCUUGACCUUGAGGGCCUCUUCAGGCAAAAGAUUGAAGCUGAAGUUGAGUAUAUGGCAAUAUCGAGAACUAUCCUACAGUUGAGAGUUGCAGCAGUGGAUCAAAUCACACUCCUGGAAGAACAGAAAACUCUAGCUUUGGGGCAAGCCCAGAUGAGGCAAGCUGAAGAAUUGGAGACUUAUCGAGAAGAUAUUGUCGAGGUUGAUGAUGUUAUGAGGCUUCAGAAGAGGUUUUGUAAGAUUACUUUGUGUUUUUUUAUUCAGUUGAUGCUGCUGUUUCUAACCCUGGGACUGCUUUUCUUGAAGUUAUCACCCCAUAAUGCUGGGAUGUUGCCCACAUAA